UUUCCCUCAAUCCUGGCCUCCAUCACCUCCUAGGCAAACAUCAAAGCCAAGGGCCAUGCUUCUGUUAUCAAUUCUGCUGCUCAUGUCUCAAGCCAAGGGCGUACAUGUUGGUAUGUGGACUCCUCUUCCAGUGGCCAGAGCAGCUCUCCCAGAUUCUUCCCUUGAUAAUUUCCCAGCAGUAGAACCACUGAGUCAGAGGAUUGUUCAUCACUAUUGAGUGUCCCUUCCACGCCAUCUAUGAUGCUGUCAUUCUAUUAACAACAAGACAGAGUGUGGUAAAAGACCCAUUUUUGAGGGAGGAUCUCAGUAUUCCAGAAUCAUAGGGGGGAUGGAGGCUGAGGUGGGUGAGUUUCCAUGGCAGGUGAGUAUUCAGGCAAGAAAUGAACAUUUCUGUGGUGGCGCAAUCAUCAACAAGUGGUGGAUUGUCACUGCUGCUCACUGUUUAAUUUCUGAAGAGCUACUUCCAACAGACUUGAGUGUUGUGUUGGGAAGCAAUGACUUAAGCAGCCCAUCCCUGGAUAUAAAGGAGGUUGCCAGCAUAGUUCUUCACAAGGACUUUCAAAAAGUCAACAUGGACAAUGAUAUUGCCUUGCUGCUGUUGGCCUCGCCUAUCACAUUCAAUGGACAGAUGGAGCCUAUCUGCAUACCCAGGAAGCCCACCCCCUCCACAUGGCACAAAUGCUGGGUGGCAGGAUGGGGUCAGACUAAUAGCGAUGACAAAUACUCUAUGAAAAUUGAGCUGAUGAAAGUGCCAAUGAUCAUCACGGAUUGGGAAAAAUGUUUAAAGGCGUUUCCAAAACUUACCAAGAAUAUGCUGUGUGCUGGAUAUGAGAAUGAGAGCUUUGAUGCUUGCCAGGGUGACAGCGGGGGGCCUCUGGCCUGCACCACAGAGUCUGACAAGACCUGGUACCUGGUAGGCAUUAUCAGCUGGGGCAAGAGCUGUGGACGGAAGAACACACCAGGGAUAUACACUUUGUUAGAAAAUUACACCCUUUGGAUCAAGAAGGUGACUGAGAUGGAGGGAAGACCUUUUAAUGCUGAGGAAAUGAGAGGUUCUCCCAAUAGGAAACAAAUGAGGUCCCAUGCAGCAGAAUUUCCAGAGCCAGGAAGCCGCAGAUUCUGGCUUCUGAUUUCACUUCUGCCCUACAUGUUACUCUGGGCCAUUUUCUACUGAUAAUAAAGCAGAUGCUAUUCCUUAACCAA